CGCAUAUUGCUUACUAAUAGAUUUGGUUGCUAUGAUGUCAACACGGCGUGUGACCACUACAGCGUCUGGUAACCAGUAGCACUGUUUUGCGUGGCAGCUUUCAGUUUACAUAAAUAUGAUGGAGCUUUCUUAUCAAUCCAUGAAAAUUGCCCACGAAGCUCGGGAAGCUGAUAAGCUGAGGACCGAGUUGAGGAAGAAGAGCAUUCUUGUUCUCAUUUAUCAACAUUUACUUGGGCAAGGGUAUGCAUCCGCAGCGGUAACUUUGGAUCAGGAGACAAAUGGAGGUGUGAAAAAAUUUGAGGUUUGUGACAACGUCGAUCUGGAGAUAGUGCUCAUGGAGUACGAGAAUUAUCACUAUGUCAAAUUCCAGAAGUAUCCCAAACUCAUCAGGAAAACAGAACCAGGUGAAAGUGAAAACAGCCAGACAAAAGGUGCUGCUGUUAAGAAGAGACAGAAACCUCUUCCCAAAAUCGCCUCAUCCUCCGUCCCCCAAACUGGAAAUUCAGUAAAGAAAACAGCUGCUAAUGAAAAUGGCAGCCCUGUAACACCAGAGUCAUUGGAUUUAGGGUUCAACACAUUCUCCAUCAAAAAUGGGGCUGCUGGCGAAGCUGCUUCAAGCAAAAAGAUGGCUGAUGGGAAAUCAACAAUCCACGAUGUCUUCAGCGGAUCAGUUAUCCACUCAGACCACAUGGAGCGGUUGCUGAAGCCCCUCAGUGGCUUUUCUGGGAUUAGUGGUGAGAUGAGGGAACUUGCUGCAAUCAUCAGUGAGGACAUCUAUUUGCACAGCCCAAAUGUGAGGUGGGAGGACAUCAUUGGUCUGGAGGAUGCCAAGCGAUUAGUCAAAGAGGCCGUCGUUUAUCCCAUUAAGUACCCUCAGCUGUUUACCGGCAUCUUAUCUCCAUGGAAGGGCUUGCUGCUUUAUGGUCCCCCAGGCACAGGUAAGACUAUGCUGGCCAAGGCUGUGGCUACAGAGUGUAAGACAACCUUCUUCAACAUCUCAGCCUCUAGCAUCGUCAGUAAAUGGAGAGGCGACUCUGAGAAACUCGUCCGGGUUCUUUUUGAGCUGGCGAGAUACCAUGCCCCAUCCACCAUCUUCCUGGAUGAGCUGGAGUCAGUGAUGGGCCAAAGAGGAACCAGUUCAACGAAUGAGCAUGAAGGGAGUCGGCGGAUGAAGACGGAGCUGUUGAUUCAGAUGGACGGGCUUGCAACAUCAGAAGACCUCGUGUUUGUUCUCGCUGCUUCCAACCUGCCUUGGGAGCUGGACCACGGGAUGCUAAGGAGGUUAGAGAAGAGGAUUCUAGUAGGUCUUCCCUCGUCACCUGCUCGCCAAGCCAUGAUUUCUCAUUGGCUGCCUCCUCUCAGCUUCCUUGGUGGCGUGAAGCUACAGACUAGCCUAGACUACAAAAUGCUGGCAGAGGAGAUGGAAGGAUACUCUGGCUGUGACAUCAGACUAACAUGCAAGGAAGCUGCCAUGAGACCAGUUCGCAAGAUCUUUGAUGCUCUGGAGUCGCAUCAUGGUGGAGACGUGGGCAUGCCCGUCAUUGAGCUGGAAACUGUAACAACAGAGGAUUUCAUGGAGGUUCUGGUGCACACUAAACCGUCGACCCAAAACCUGAUGGACAGAUACACAAUCUGGGAGAAAAAGCACAAGUCAGUUUGAUGUCCAGGCGGAAAAUAUUAAUCCAAAUUCUUUUUUUUUUUGUGGUUUUUGUUUUACAUCAUUUGGAUAUUUUUCAGUACCAUUCUGUAAUUACUUUUGCACAGAUUCUGAGGGUCACAGAUGCAUAUUGCAAUAAUCAAAUAAAUUUGAACCUUCUUAA